UCUCGCAAUUCUGCGUUGUCACUCGGUGCCUGGAGAGAGAGACCGCGCACAGACCGAUCCCAGCUGACAGGUGCACCGUGAGGGAUCUCCGCCCGCCCGAGGGAGCGCCUGUGCCUCAGCCUAAGCCGGUGGAAAGUUUGAUACCGGAGCGGGUUCCGCACCAUGAGCCUCCUGCUCUUGUUCGUCUGCGCGGUGGGGAGCGGCCUUGCCCAGCAGCCGGACCCGGCCCACGGCUGUUCUCAGGGGAGCUGUUACCCAGCAACGGGAGACCUGCUGGUGGGCAGAGAGGACAAGCUGACGGCCUCCUCGACCUGUGGCCUGAGGAGGACGCAGCCGUACUGCAUCGUCAGUCACCUCCAGGAUGAGAAGAAAUGUUUCAUCUGUGACUCCCGCAAACCGUACGACCAACUGCGAAACCCCCACAGCCACAGGGUUCAGAACGUCAUCACCACCUUCGCCCAGUACCGCAAGGAGGCCUGGUGGCAGUCAGAGAAUGGUGUGUCGAAUGUCCAUCUGCAACUGGACCUGGAGGCUGAAUUCCACUUCACGCACCUCAUCAUGACCUUUAAGACCUUCCGCCCAGCCGCCAUGCUGAUUGAGCGGUCAGCGGACUUCGGCCGCACCUGGCAGAUCUACCGUUAUUUCAGCCACAACUGCGCGUCUGACUUUCCCAACGUCCGACGGGGCCUCCUGAAGGAGGUGGACGAGGUUAUCUGUGAAUCGCGCUACUCGGACAUUGAGCCCUCUACGGAGGGAGAGGUGAUCUACAGGGUGUUGGACCCUGCCAUUCCCAUCCAUGAUCCCUACAGCCCUCGCAUACAGAAUCUGCUGAAGAUCACCAACUUGCGGGUAAACUUCACCAAGCUGCGCACGCUGGGCGAUAACCUGCUGGACUCGCGCCACGAGAUUAAGGAGAAGUAUUACUACGCCGUGUAUGAGCUGGUAAUCCGGGGUAACUGCUUCUGCUACGGACACGCCAGUGAGUGUGCGCCCAUCGCGGGCGUCCGAGGGGACAUCGAAGGAAUGGUCCACGGGAGGUGCGUUUGCAAGCACAACACCAAUGGGUUGAACUGCGAGAAAUGUGACGACUUUUAUAACGAGCUGCCCUGGAAACCGGCCCAGGAUCGGAACACCAAUGCCUGCAAGCGAUGUAACUGCAAUAGCCACUCCAACCGGUGUCACUUCGACAUGGCGGUGUACUUGGCCACGGGGAACGUGAGCGGCGGUGUUUGUGACGACUGUCUCCACAACACCAUGGGCAGGAACUGCGAGAUGUGCAAGCCCUUCUACUACCAGGACCCGAACCGGGACAUCCGCGACCCCAGAGCCUGUGUCCCUUGUGACUGUGAUCCAGACGGCUCCCUGAAUGGAGGGUUGUGUGACAGCAGGGAGGACACAAACCUGAGAUUGAUUCCGGGACAGUGUCGGUGUAAGGAGCACGUGGAGGGACCCCGGUGUGACAGGUGCAAGGCCGGAUACUUCGGACUCAGUGUGGAUAACCCGCAGGGAUGUCAGUCCUGUUGGUGCCACCCUCUCGGGUCGGUGAGCGGGAACCGGCCCUGUGACCCGGUCAGCGGUGACUGUUUCUGCAAGAGAUUGGUGGUGGGCCGGCACUGUGACCACUGUCUGGAGGAGCACUGGGCCCUGAGCCAGGAUCCCAAUGGGUGUCGAAGCUGCGACUGUGACGUGGGAGCCGCGCUGGACAAUAGUUGCUCCAUGGAGACGGGUCAGUGUCGCUGCCGGAAGCAUUUGGUGGGCCGUCAGUGUGAGCAGGUACUGGCCGGGUACUUCCUACCCGCUCUGGAUUACCUCACGUACGAGGCCGAGAUCGCCCACUUCCACAUGGGAGUAACUGCUGUGACCCGGGAACGCUCUAGUCACCGGCCCGUCACGUGGACUGGUUCUGGAUUUGCCAAGGUGCCGGAGCGCGGCGUGCUGGAAUUCCACAUCAACAACAUCCCGUAUUCCAUGGAGUAUGAUCUGGUGAUCCGCUAUGAGUCACAGUUUCCGGAGGACUGGGAGAAGGUGUUCAUUUCCAUCGUUCGUCCGGGACCCAUCCCUACCAGCAGUCCAUGUGGGAACACCAUCCCUGCUGAUGACAUGCUUUUCACAAGCCUUCCAUCUGGAUUCAGGUAUGUGGUGCUGCCUCAGCCAGUCUGUCUUGAGCGCUCCGUCAGUUACACCAUCCGACUGGACUUCAAGCGUUACCGUCCACGGGUGCGCGAUCCCAACACCAACAUUCUGGUGGACUCUAUUGUGCUGGUGCCUCGCUACUCCUCCCUGGAGAUGUUCAUCGCUGGAGAUGCCGCCUCCAUUCGGCGAAAGGAAGCCUUCGAGCGAUAUCGUUGUCACAGUGAUAGCAUUGGUGUAGUCACUCCGAUGGUGACUGAAGUCUGCGCCCAGCUGAUCGGUAGCAUGUCCGCUGUGGUCUACAACGGUGCUCUGCCGUGCCAGUGCGAUCCCCAGGGCGCCCUGAGCUCAGAGUGUGCAGCCAGCGGCGGGCAGUGCCGCUGCAAACCUAACCUGCUGGGCCGCCGCUGCCACCAGUGUGCUCCUGGCACCUUCGGCUUUGGACCAGGGGGCUGCAGGGCCUGCAGCUGCAGCCGAGAAGGAUCCAUCUCCAUGCUCUGUGAGCCAGUCAGUGGCCAGUGCCCAUGCCGAGCCGGGGCCUUCGGCACCCAGUGCAGCCAGUGCCAGCCGGGACACUGGGGCUUCCCACACUGCCGGCCCUGCCAGUGUAACGGGCACGCUGACCACUGUCACCAGCGGACUGGAGUCUGUCUCAACUGCCGUAGCCCCACUACCGGCACCCACUGCGAACGAUGUGCUGACGGUUACUACGGGAACCCGGUGCUUGGUUCGGGUGAACAAUGCCGACCGUGCCCCUGUCCUGGAGCGCCAGGCAGUGGCCGCAACUUUGCCAACUCCUGUUACCAGGACAGCAGGACAAGGCAGGUGCUAUGUAACUGCAAACCAGGAUACACAGGUUCCCGAUGUGAGCAGUGUGCGGCUGGUUACUACGGAAACCCCUUGUUACCAGGCGGCAGGUGUGAGCCCUGCCAGUGUCACGGCAACAUUGACAUCAGCAACCCACAGUCGUGCGACCGGGAGACAGGCCGCUGCCUGACGUGCCUGUACAACACCGAGGGGCCGCACUGCGAGCGCUGCAAGAUGGGCUUCUAUGGCAACGCCCUGCAACACAACUGCAGACAGUGUACAUGUAACCAGCUAGGCACUGCCCGGGACCAGUGCCGCUCCGGGGAAGAGUGCAACUGUGAUCGGAAGACAGGGCAGUGUCCCUGCCUGCCCAACGUCAUUGGUCAGAACUGUGACCACUGUGCUCCUGGCUACUGGAACCUCCGCAGUGGCUCGGGCUGUCUGCCAUGUAGUUGUGCCAUCGCCAACUCUUUCUCAGCCACUUGUAACGAGUUUAGUGGCCAGUGCCAGUGUCGCCCUGGUUUCGGAGGCCGUUCCUGCACCGAUUGCCAGGAGAAUUACUGGGGUGAUCCCAACACGCGGUGUCGAGUGUGUGACUGUGAGCAGCGAGGUGUACAGACUCGGCAAUGUGACCGUGUCACCGGGCAUUGUGUCUGCCGCUUGGGCGUCUCUGGUGUCCGCUGUGACACGUGUGCCCGGGGCUUCUGGGGGGAGUUCCCGGACUGCCAACCGUGCCACCAGUGUUUCGGAGACUGGGACCGCGUCGUGCAGGACCUGGCUGCACAGACCAGGCUCCUGGCCGAGCGAGCGGGAGAGAUCCAGACCUCCGGGGUCGCUGGCCUGUACGAGAAGAACUUCCGGGAGUUGGAGGAGAAGCUAGCGCAGGCACAGAGGAUUGUCACUGCCCGCAACACGACCGCCAUGGCCGUGGCUCAGCUGAUGAACCUGAUCAAUGACAUCCGGGACAAGAUCACAGGAACGUCGGACAUCCUGAACGGGCUGGAAGAUGUUCUCACUGCUGUUCAGAAUCAGAACAGCGGUGCCAGCGUGGAGCUGAGUAACCUGGAACGUGAGGCGCGCGCUCUCAACCUCUCAGCGAAGGAGCUGGCCCACCAGCUCGACAUCCUGAAACACUCCAACUUCCUGGGGGCGUAUGACAGCAUUCAGAACUCUUACCGCCAGUCGUGGCAGGCGGAGAGGACAGUGAAUGGCUCCACUGUUACCUUCCCUAGUAUUGUCAGCGAGUCGGCAAGCACCCGCCACAGGACAGAAUUGUUAAUGAGAGCCAGGAAGGAUGACUUCAUUCGCAAGAACGCCGCCAACCGGCGUGCUCUCAACGACUUGGCAGCCAAGGUGCAGACCCUCAAUCUGAAGAACAUUAAUGAGAAGGUGUGUGGUGCCCCUGGAGAUCUGCCCUGUCUGGACAGCCCAUGUGGUGGGGCCGGUUGCUACGAUGAUGACGGCACUAGGCGGUGUGGGGGCCUCAGCUGCGAAGGGGCGGUAGCGGUUGCCGAUGGUUCCCUUGGCCGGGCUCAGCAGUCAGAACAGGAGAUUCAGAAAGCAAUGAAUGAGGUGGAGGAGCUCUUCCAGAAGGUUGCUCUGGCUAAGCUGAAAGCCAAUGAAGCAAAGCAGAGAGCUCGGGGGACCCUGGACAAAGCAAACGAUGCCAGGGAACGGAUUAGUCACUCUAACAAAGAACUCCGUAACCUCAUCAAUCAAAUCCGAAACUUCCUCACACAAGAGGGUGCGGACCCCGACAGCAUUGAGAUGGUGGCCAGUCAGGUGCUCAAGCUCUCGAUCCCCGCCUCCCCACAGCAAAUCCGUCACCUUGCAGAGGAGAUCAAGGACAAGGUCAGCAGCUUAUCCAAUGUGGAUGACAUCUUGGAUCAAACUGCCGAUGACGUGAGGAGAGCUAGUCAGCUUCUUCAGGAUGCAAGAAGGGCAAGGAGCCGUGCCGAAAACGUGAAGAACACGGCUGAGGCGGUGAAGCAAGCCCUAGAGGAGGCAGCCCGAGCUCAGGACGCUGCGCAAACAGCUAUCAGACAAGCCAAGGGAGACAUCGAGGAGAGUGACCAGACACUGAAUGGGAUCCGGAACAGAACAGCGAGUGCAGAGAGGGAGCUGAUGGAAGCGAUGGACCGGCUGACACAGCUAGACAAUGGAAUCAACGCACUCAAAAUGAAACGAGCCAGCAAUAACCUGGUGGCAUCCCAGGCAGUAGGGACAGCUACAUCAGCACGGGAUAAAGCCAAUGAGGCCAAACAGAUGUUGCAUGGUCCUCUCACAGACAAGUACAAAACGGUGCAUGGUCUGGUGGACCGGAAGAGUGGUACGGUCUUCAGCGCAAAGCACAAGGCAGAGCACCUUCGGGAUGAAGCCAGGGACCUGCUGAGGGAUGCACAGGACAAGCUAAAGAGGCUGAGUGUUCUUGAGAUUCAGUAUGAAGCCAAUGAGCAGAUUUUGGAAGAGAAGGCGCGACAGCUGGAUGGCCUAGAGGAGAAGAUGAAAGAUAUUUUAAAAGCCAUUAACCUGCAGAUUCAAAUCUACAACACCUGCCAGUGAAUGACGAUAAGUGUGUGUAACCAAGCCUGUAGGGUAUCGACAGUAUCACAAUGUUUACACAGCGGAUUAACGAUGCCUCAUCACAUUCUGGAUUUUCUUCAGUGCAUGUACCACCCCCCACCCCACUGCCCCAACACAAGCCCUCUGGCAUCCCAGGUGUCCUGAAAACACAGGGAAAUCCAGGAGUUUGGGCCAAACACAGGCCAAUGGGACUACCUUGGAUGGGCAGCUUAAAGGGCAUAGACCAGUUGGGCUGAAGAGUGUGUCUAUGCUGUUCAGCUCUAUAACUACAAUCUGAUUAAUUCAGCUGUGAAACAGCGGAAGCAGCCCAACAGCCCUGUAAAAAUCUAGCUUCAAUGUCGCCCACAGUACAGGCCCUUUGGCCCACAAUAUUGUGCUGACCUUUUAACCUACUCCAAGAUCAAUCUAAUCCUUCCCACGUAGCCCUCCAUUUUUUUGUCAUCCAUGUGUCUAUCUACGAGUCUCUAAAAUGUCCUUAAUGUAUCUACUUCUACCUCCACUCCUGGCAGGGCAUUCCACAAACCCACCACCCUGUGUAAAAAAAUCACCUCUGACAUCCCCCCAUAUGUUUCUCAAAUCACCUUAAAAUUAUCAUCAUUAUUAUGUGCUGUGUCGUAUGACAUGGGCGAUCAUGGUCUUUGACCAUGAUUGUUAUUAGCAAAUUGUACAACAGUAGUUUGACAUUGGCGCCUUCUGGGCAGUGUCUCUGCAAGACAGGUAAACCCAGCCAUUAUCAGCUCUCUUCAGAGAGCGUCUGCCUGGUGUCAGGAAAUGUGAUAUACACCAGCUGCUCAUCCAACACCUGCCCCCAUGGCUUCAUAUGAUCCUGAAGAGAGGGAAGGGUCAAAGCAGGUGCUACACCUUGCUCGAGGAUGACCUUCAGGCUAAAAAUGAUGCACCCCUGUAUUAGCCAUUUUCACCCUGGGGAAAGGUCUCUGACUCUCCACUCGAAUCAUGCCUCAUUAUCUCGUACGUCUUUAUCAAGUCAUCUCCCAUGCUCCUUCACCCCAAAGGGAAAGGCCCUAGCUUGCUCAGCUUACCCUCAUAAGACAUGCUCUCUAAUCCAGGCAAAUCUCCUCUCUACCUUCUCUGCUGCUUCCACAUCCUUCCUAUAACGAGGCGACCAGAACUGAACACAAUACUGUACUCCCCCCAAGUGUGGUCUAACCAGAGUUUUUCCAGCUGCAACAUGACUUUGCAGCUCUUGAACUCAAUCCCCUGACUAAUGAAGGCCAACAUUUCAUAUUAGAUUAUGAGGACACGUAGUCCUCUUUUAUUGUCAUUUAGUAAUGCAUGCAUUAAGAAAUGAUACAAUGUUCCUCCAUGAAUGAUAUCACAGAAACACAAGACAAACCAAGACUAAAAAAACUGACAAAACCCACAUAAUUAUAACACAUAGUUACAACAGUGCAAAGCAAUACCAUAAUUUGAUAAAGAACAGACCAUGGCACGGUAAUAAAAAAGUCUCAAAGUUUCUCGAAAGUUCCACCAUCUCAUGCAGACGGUAGAAGGAAGAGAAACUCUCUUCCUGCCAUGAGCUUCCAGCGCCACAAACUUGCCGAUGCAGCACCCUGGAAGCACCCGACCACAGCCGACUCGAGUCCGUCCGAAAACUUUGAGCCUCCGACCAGCCCUCCAACACCGAGCACCAUCUCUGCCGUGUGCUUCGACCCCAGCCCAGGCAACAGGCAAUAUACUUUCACAACACCCUAUCAACUCAUGCUGCAACUUUGCCAGAUCGGUGGAUCUGAAGCCCAAGAUCCCUCUGGUCCUCCACACUGCUAAGAAUCUUUGCAUUAAUCCAAUACCCUGCCUUCAAGCUUUACUUUCCAAAGUAGAUCACUUCACAGUUUUCCAGAUUGAAUGCCCAGCUCUGCAUCCUGUCAAUGUCCUGUUGUAAUCUGUAAAUAGAUCAUUGAAGGCAAGCUUUAAUCAAAUCCAAUAUCCCAAGACUUGUUAAGAAAGCUUUUUCAGAGACAGCUGCCCAGAGCACCCACUCCUUUCAUAACUCGUUUCCCCACUUUCCUUACCAUUCUAAUCUUUUUCUACUUAAGGAAGGCAAAUGUGGAACAAUGCACUGAGUUCAGUUAUUAUGAGUGCAAGAUGGAUCUUUCCAUUAUUGUUAAACGUUUCUUAUUCGAAGGAUAUCCAAGGUGCUGAACAGCUGAUGUGCUGUUGACUUGGGACACUUGGGAACCUUGCUUUUCACCUUAAGCUCAGCAGGCGAAGAUCCAAAACACUAAAUGCCAAAGUAACUUGUUAAUCUUCCUCUGAAGUAGAUGGAGAAUUACUAAUAAAUUGGUUUUCGGAUAUUGAACAGUAACUUGUCAGAAUCAGAAUCAAAUUUAUUAUCACUAAGCCAUGAAGUAAAAUAUUUUGUUUUGCAGCAGCAGUACAGGGGAAAGAUAAAAAUCUAUAGAUUACAAAAAUCAAUAAACACUGCAAAAGAAAAGGGAUAAUGAAUGGGUUAAUAGACCAUUGAGAAAUCUGAUACUGUAUGGGGAAUGAAGCUGUUUCUGAAUCGUUGAAUGUGUACCUCCUUCGCAAUGGCAUUGAUUUUUAUCUUUCCCCUGCACUGAGAAGAGGGCAUGCCCUGCAUGCUGAGGGUUCUUAACGCUGGGUGCUGUCUUCUUGAGGCAGGACCUCUUGAAGAUAUCCUUGAUGAUCAAGAGGGCUCUGCACAUGUUGGAGUUGGCAGAGUCUGCAUCCUAUCUACAUCCCGUGGUAACUAUGACAACCUUCUACACUAUCCACAACACUUCCAACCUUCGUGUCAUCUACAAACUUACUUGGUGUUGCUGACACUAUGUGCAAGAUCAGACCACUCAGCCAGCCAAUCUAUCAUCUGUACAUAUCCUCAUUGCAUUCUGAGAUUCUACCAACAGCAAAUUUCAAAGUUUAAAGUAAAUUUACUACUCGCCCUAUAUUACUCUGAGAUUCAUUUUCUUGUAGGCGUUCAUAGCAAAACAAAGAAGUACAACAGAAUCAAUGAAAAACCACACAUAAGCAGAGACUGACAGGCAACCAAUGUGCAAAGUGAAAAGCUUUGCAAUACAGGAGCCUGAUGCUUUGAACGGCUGGGCAUGGCACAUAUCAAAAACUCCACAGCUGCCAUGCUUCCUAACACAACAGCUCUAUGACAGAUGAUGCUGUAGCAUCUGCCAUGCAGCUGGUCCUGACACACCUAGGAAACAAUGCUGCCUCUGGAUUUCAGUUCAGUAUUCGGCACUACUGUCCUAAAGACGUUAGUGAACAAGCUCCCAUUUCCUCAAUCUAAAUACAUCACUGCACAACUGGAUGUUGGACUUCCUAACAAACAGUCCUCAGAUAUUCAGGAUGCACAACUGCUCCUCCCUCAACAUGGAUGCCAGUUCCCCAGCGAGUGGUGGGGCUCAAAACCAACAAUGAUGAGAAGGCCGACAGAGUGCAAGAGUUCAAGACCUGAUGCCAGGCAAAUAACCUCUUUCUCAAUGUCAACAAGACAAAGGAGAUGUUCACUGACUUCAGGAGAACUCACACCACUCACAUCCCACUGUACACCAAUCGCACAGCAGUGGAAACUGCAAGCAGUUUCACACUCUCGGGAGCGCAAAAUUCUCGCACAACCUCUUACGGUCCCAGAUCGCAUUCUACACUAUCAGGAAUGUUCACCAAUGUUAUGUUUUGUAACUCCAAAACACAAAACUAAUUGAAAGAAAAACAUGGAGUCCAGAGAUAUGUGUGAUAGUUUCGUUUUUACUGUAGUAAGAUGUGCAGUUAUGAUGUGGUGUGAUGAUGUAUGCCAUUCACAUAUUUUUACAUAUAAUCACUAUGUAAACCUGUAAUGCUUAAUCAAGCAACAGAUUUACAAUGUUAAUCAAAUAUUACUGAAAUAUUGAAUACACACCACUCCUUUCUACUUAGCUAUAAACGCUAAUAUAGAAAGCAACUCAACUCAAAUAUGUAAUGCAUUGCUCUCUAGUCAUUUGUACAUAUAUACAUACAUAGUAUA